GUGUGGCCAGCAUGAUAGAGUCCACUCAACAUAAGGAACGAGGAGUUUCACUUUGAUGUUUUUCACUGUAACGUAAAUGCACAGGCGAUAAUAACAUUAUGAUAUCUUGAUGAAACUCUUCGAUUUCGUAAUUUAAGCUUGAACUCUGCUAAAGUGGAGAUAACAAGGCGGAAGAGUGCAAACCUGCUGUUGAGAUGGCUGCUGAAACACCAGAGGAGAAAUCAUUCGUUUUUGAUGUCCUCUCUAAGCGCCACCAGCUACAGUUAUCAAGUGUUCGACACAAGACCACGAUUCAGUAUGCUACACGGCCUGAUCUACCAAAGCUGGCCUACAGGAAAUUGAAAGGGAAGAGUCCUGGAGUGGUUUUCUUGCCUGGUUUUGCCUCACACAUGGGUGGACAGAAAGCAGAAGCAUUAGAGGAGUUCUGCAAGUCUUUGGGUCACUCAUACCUCAGGUUUGACUACUCUGGCUGCGGGUCAUCUGAAGGGGAAAUGGGUAACUACAACAUUGGUGCCUGGAAGAAGGAUGUACUCUAUGUACUGGAUGAACUAGUAGAAGGGCCACAGAUCCUGGUGGGCUCCAGCAUGGGUGGGUGGCUGAUGUUGCUAGCCGCUCUUGCACGGCCAGAGAAGACGGCUGCUUUAGUGGGCAUCUCAACCGCUGCAGAUCACUUUGUCACAGCCUUCCAUGCCCUACCAAUAGAGACAAAGAAGGAGAUAGAGGAACAGGGCUUUUGGAAAUUCCCUACCAAGCACAAUGAAGAGGGUUUCUACACUCUAAGCUUGGACUUCCUGAAGGAGGCGGAGAACCACUGCAUACUCCACAGCCCCAUGCCUGUUUCCUGCCCCGUUCGUCUGAUUCACGGCCUCAAGGACUCUGACGUACCCUGGCACGUCUCCAUGCAGGUCGCAGAGCGGGUACUCAGCAAUGACGUGGACGUCAUUUUUCGCAAACUUGGGCUUCAUCGCAUGUCAGAGAAAGAUGAUAUUAAGCUCAUUGUGUACACGAUUGAUGACCUUAUCGACAAAUUGACCACAUUAGGGUGAAGAAUGAGCGUGAGGACAUUGUGAAAGAUGGACCAGUUGGGAUGGGGAAAGCAGUGUACACAGGUGUCAGGUUUCUGGAAAACGGAGGUAGAUUUUAUAGUGAUGGAAGCCAAAUGAAUUGAAAGGGAUGUCAAAAAGUGAAAAUUCUCAUUUCUUUUCAGAGCCAUAGGACUUUCUUUGUUCCCUAGAACACCAUACAGUGAGUCUGUUUGAUUCAUGUGGUCUAUUCCUUCAACAUUCACCUGAAGCCAUACGAUAGCUUUGUUUAAGGGACAGGCCAAAAUUCAAAACAUAAUUUUUCACUGAAAAUCUUGCCUUCUCCAGUAGUUCCCAAGUAGAAAAUUCCUCAUAACCCAAUGCAAUAUGCCAACUUUGAAUAUGCACAAGCAUAUAUAGAAUGAGCUUUAAAAGCUUUGAUGGGGCAAGAAUUUCAGUGAUAAAUCACUUUGGUAACACUUUACAAUAAGGUCUCAUUUGUUAACAUUAGUUAAUGCAUUAACUUGCUAGUUCACAGUGCUUUAAUGUAAAAAGAUACAACUUUUGAUCUAUUAUAUUAGUAAAUGUUGAGAUUAAUAUUAACUAAGAUUAAUAAAUAUUGUUCAUUUUUAGUUCAUGUUGUUGACUAAUGUUAACAAAUGAAACCUUAUUGUAAAGUGUUACCAUCACUUCAAUCUGCUAAACCUUUGUAGACAAAGCAACAAGAACUCCACAUGCGUCUUGCCUUGAUUUUUUUAGUAUUGUUUCCUAUUUUAAUGUGAUAAUUCUUGUAAUUCUAUAACCUGUAGGGCCUUAUUUUGUUUUCAAAGUUUUGCAAGUAGCACAACACCGUCUUUCAUUUAAUUUGGUGCGGAUUUGGUUAGACAGUAGCUGACAGUGUCUGUGCCUUGCAUGUCUUUAUCACUUCCAGUAUAACACACUUCUGAAGAACAUUGUUUUCCCUCACAUCUGCCAGUGAGUCCCUUUUAUCUUGUUGGAGUUUUAAAUUGGUUUCUCCUGCAUGUUAUCGAAUGUGUUGAUCUUUUCACCAUUCAGCACACCUGGGCACUCUAUAUGAUGAUGACAAUAUGCAGAUUCUAUUGUGAGCUUUAUUGUGAACUCGGAACAAGAUCGUGAAUAGUCUUGGACAAAGAAAAUAUUAUAUAGAUUUUUUUUAUCAUAGAAGAAAGGUAGUCCAAAAUAAGGCGUAGCAAAUAGCAAGAUUUGGUGUAUUUGUGUUUUGCAUUUGGCAUCAUUUUUGUUGUGUGUACCCGAAUGAAAGAAUAACUACAGGAUUUUUUUUGUGCAAAACUGCAUGCAAAAACGGAACGGAAUGGCUAGUACUUGCUUUUAAUAUAACAAGGUAAUCAGUUAAUGGGACAGAAUAUUUAAGCAUUUUGAAUCACUUUGAGUUCUCUGUUUUGUGCACAGACAAUGAAAAACUUACAAGUAGAAUACUUUUUUUUUGUUGUGCUACUGACUACAAGAUCAAACUAGACUGAUGAACAACACAGUAGUGUUAUAUAAAGCCGAUUAUUUGGAAUGCGAGUAAACACUAGGACGGUUUUGCUGAUUUUUAUUCAGUUUGACCUCUUUGUCUGUUUCAACACCUGAAUUUUCUCCAUGCACUAUAGCAUUGAUGCAGCCACAGAACAAUAAUGUCAGUGUCUAUCUUUCAAGAGCCUCUUUUCUCUUCAAAUUGUUCUCAUUUAAUAUAUAUACUCAAAAAUACUAUAUAUUUUAUCUCUAUUUGAGUUUUUUUUUUUUUAUACUGCCAACUGUUGUAUUCUAUGUGUUAGAGUAUCCAUUAAUAGUCUGAUGGUUAUUCUUCUAGUGACAAAGGUUUUGUCUUCCUUUUCAUUUUUUGGGAUUGGUGCACUAAUACCCCCACAUGUUGAAAACAAGUAUUGUCACUCUUCUCUUCUUUUUGUCAGCAUUAUACUUGUUUUAUUAAGUCUCAUUUAUUAUGUACAUGUAGGCCUUCCAAGCCAACUUUCUGUUAGCUCAUAUUAAACAUUUCAAAAUGUUAUAAAAUUUGAAAAGCAACGUAUGUGUCAUGUUUUCAAAUAUGUAUAAAUCUAUGUCAUGUAUAAAAAUAGGUCUUUUCAUUAUUAAACUGCAGCUAUUCUGAGGCAUUUGUUUUUCA